CCUAGCACAGGUAUCAUACAUAUAUAAGAUACAGAGCUUUCUUGUUUUGCCUCCUUCACAAGCGCAUUCUCGAUCUGCCUCUUCACUCUUCACACUCACUCAAGACCGCAGCCGCCGCAGCCAUUCCUUUUCUUUAAGAUGGCAGUUACAUUGUAUGACCUUGGCUCUGCAUCUGGGUUGAAGAAGCUUGAUGAGUACCUUCUCACCCGCAGUUACAUCACUGGGUACCAAGCUUCAAAGGAUGACCUUACAGUGUAUGCAGCUCUAUCAAAAGUUCCAUCUGAUGAACAUGUGAAUGUGUCCAGGUGGUACAAGCAUAUCGAUGCAUUGUUGAGAAUCUCGGGUGUUUCUGGUGAGGGAUCUGGUGUCACUGUGAAAUCUUCUCUCGUCGCUGAAGCUGUUGCCACUCCUCCACCAGCUGACUCUAAGGCUGCUGUGGCUGAUGAUGACGAUGAUGAUGAUGUGGAUCUCUUUGGACUGAAUUUCAUUUCGAUCUGCCCUCCAUUCUAGUUUUCUGGAAAAUCAUCUGUUUUGAUGGAUAUCAAGCCAUGGGAUGAUGAAACUGACAUGAAAAAGCUUGAAGAAGCAGUGAGAGGUGUUCAGAUGGAAGGAUUGCUUUGGGGAGCAUCCAAACUUGUUCCUGUUGGGUAUGGUAUCAAGAAACUGCAAAUUAUGCUUACUAUUGUGGAUGAUUUGGUCUCUGUCGAUUCGCUCAUUGAGGAGCAACUUACAGCUGAGCCGAUCAACGAAUAUGUCCAGAGUUGUGACAUUGUUGCUUUCAACAAAAUAUAAAUUGUGAUAAUCUACUAUUAAAGGGGGACUUGGAAAGGUUUUUAGAACUUCUAUGUUAGGAACUACUGGAAGUUGAGAAUGUUUUUUGUCUGUUCCAUACGCCAUUGUUAUUGUUCUAUGAUUAAUGAUGUCGACUGUCUUUUUGAAAAUGUGAUCAACUGAUAAUUAUGAUUUGGGUUGGAAUCUUUUUGGUAUUCUAUUUGCCAAUGAUAAUGCUUUUGUUAUUUUA